UCAUGGCUAGCAAUGCAUGCCUGAAGCUUGCAUGGCUUAUUUAUUUUGGAUUAGCAAUUGUUGGUGCUCUUGGGACAAGGAAGGAGCUCAGAUUAGUUGAUAGCAUAAGCAAAGUCGGCUUGCAAGCACCGGCUCCAACACCAUCCACUGCAAAUGGUACAUGCAAAUCAAGGGUGGAGAUUUAUGGUUACGAAUGCGAAGAACACACUGUGACAACAGAAGAUGGCUACAUUCUAAGCAUGCAGAGAAUUCCAAAUGGUCGUUUGGGCACACCCACCAGUGGGAGUAAGACACCAGUUCUUCUUCAACAUGGACUCCUGAUGGAUGGGAUUACAUGGCUGCUGAAUUCACCUGAUGAAUCACUGGGGUACAUUCUAGCAGACAAUGGAUAUGAUGUGUGGAUAGCUAACACUCGUGGAACGAUCUAUAGCCUUGGCCACACAUCACUCUCACCAAAUGAUUCAGCAUAUUGGGACUGGUCAUGGGAUGAAUUAGUUGCUUAUGAUCUUCCUGCCACUUUUAAGUAUGUGUAUCAACAAACAGGCCAGCAGAAGAUCCACUACGUUGGGCACUCAUUAGGAACUUUGAUUGCUCUUGCAUCAUUUUGCGAACAAAAUCUAUUGAGCAUGUUAAGCUCAGCAGCCUUGCUCAGUCCAAUAGCUUAUAUGGAUCAGGUGUCAUCACCCCUCGCAGGGGGCGCAGCUAAAGCUUUCCUUGCAGAAGCUUAUUAUUGGUUGGGCCUUUAUGAAUUUAAUCCAAACGGGGAAGCCGUUCAUAAUCUUCUCGAAACUCUUUGCAAGCAACCUGGUAUUAAUUGCUAUGAUCUUAUGACAAGCUUCACAGGUAAAAACUGCUGUCUCAACUCUUCCUCUGUCGAGCUUUUCUUGGACCAUGAACCACAAUCAACUGCGACAAAGAACAUGGUUCACUUGGCUCAAAUGAUCAGAAGGGGCACCAUCACAAAGUAUGAUUACAACAACGAUAAGGAGAACAUGGAACACUAUGGGCAAACCACUCCCCCAGCUUACAACAUGUCCAGCAUCCCCAACAACCUACCUCUCUUUCUCAGUUAUGGAGGUCAGGAUGAGCUUUCAGAUGUCACAGAUGUCCAACACCUUCUGGAUAGCCUCAAGUCCCAUAAUGGUGAUAAAUUGACGACUCAGUACGUGAAGAACUACGCACAUGCAGACUUUGUCAUGGCUGUCAAUGCUAAACAAGUUGUCUACAACCCUCUCAUGGAUUUCUUCAAGCUUCAAUGA